AUGGCUAAACGCGUGACCAUCUUUGAUCCUCCAGAGCAGGAUCAUUCCAAGGCGCUCAUUGAGAAUGUACUCGAUCUGACGCCUGUGGCGGACCUCGGCCCAGAUGUCUUCACAAAUACUCGCCCCCUAUGGCAUCCCCCCGGAGCUCGCGGCAUCUACGGUGGUGCAGCGAUCGCGCAGUCCCUAUCAGCAGCGAUGCGAACAGUCCCCACCGACUACGCCGUCCAUAGCAUGCACUGCUACUUUGUCCUUGCUGGUGACUCCGAGAUUCCGAUCUUAUAUCAUGUCGAGCGGGUCCGCGAUGGAAGAAGCUUUAUAACAAGGACCGUGCAGGCGCGACAACGGGGUCGGCCUAUCUUCACUACAACGCUGAGUUUUAGUCGCGUAGGCAGUGGUGGCCAGAAGACGCUCAACCAUGCUACCCCGAAGCCGGAUGUGGGAUUACCGACUGAUGCUGAACCGGGAAGUAUCAGGGCUCUGAGUGAUGCUGGCGGAGGUCCAUUUGAAUCGAGGAAGGCGGGCAUUGUGAACCGCGACUCUCCCAACCCAGAAGACAAGAAAAUUCGACGGUAUAUCCGCGCUCGUGGUCACAUCUCCGAUGAAGGCGCCUAUCAAGCACACCUGUCCGCUCUCGCCUACAUCACCGAUAGCUACUUCAUCGGAACUGUCUCCCGCGUCCACGAUAUCCCCCGAUUCUCAUCGCGUGCUGAAUUGGAGGGUCUUUUGAAAGCUCUCAAGAACCCAUCAGACCUCGACGACGAGGAUAUCACCCGAGCCCUGAAGGAGCUGAAGGAAGAGGAGGCCGCGGAAUUGCGCCGCCGGAUAGAAGGUGCCCUUGUCAAAGCCACCAACGUCAAAUCCGAGAAAGAUCAUAAUGAAGUUGGCAUGAUGGUCAGCCUGGAUCACUCGAUUUAUUUCCACAACCCCAUGGCAUUCCGGGCUGAUGAGUGGAUGCUGUCUGAAACAGAAAGCACCUGGGCCGGAGAGGGACGAGGAUUAGCACUCCAGAAGAUUUGGUCCAAGGAUGGACUACUUAUUGCUACUUGCACACAAGAGGGUGUCGUGCGUUUAAAGCAAGAUAAGCCCCCAAAGUCAAAGAUCUAA